AGAUUUUCAGAUAAAAAGUGAUCAUGGCCGAAAACGGUCCGGAAUACAUCCAAGCCGAGCUUGAGAAUUUCGGCGUCGAAAUGAACUUGAGCCUCGCGGAAAAAUUACACGAAUUAUCAGUUGCCUACGGAGUAUCGGAUGACGACAUAGUGUCUGAGUGGUUCACCUUUUCACAAACACUAACUGAUCCCAUUCCAACCCUGGACAAGAUUCUCGCCAUGGAAAAGAGUGUCUUGGUGAAGAGGAAUACUAUUUCUACGCCCUUGAUUCCGCCGAAGCACACUCCAACGCCGACCCGUCAAUCGGAAGUUCGUCGAAUGGAUGUCGACGUUGAUAUUCUUGCAGCGAUUUACAAUGAUGGUGAAGCUCCUCAUGUGACCCCGAAAAUUGUGCGUCAGGAUAAAUCCUUGCGUGGGGCAAAAACGCCGUCUGUUUUAUUUACCCCGAACAACUCAUCUCCGGGAGCAUGCACCCCCUCUGAGAAGUACGUGAAUCGGUUAGGUAAAGGACAAGUCAUGGAAGUGGUGAAGUUUGGGGAACCCUUUGCUCCCAGCUCUUGGAAAAAUUCAGCCCGUUCAGAAAUAAACGCCAGUGUUCGCCUACUCAAUGAAGAACUCGCUCUCACGGAAACCUACGCCUACAUGUGCGAUCGUUUGGACAUCCAGCGUCAAGUGCUGUUCACUGCAGCUGAAGAACUCGGGAAAAUCAUGCUUGAAGACCUGACGGCUGGAAACCCUGUUCCUUGCAUUUUAGAGUCUGCUCAGGAAUAUUACUGCGUCGGUCGCAUUUUCUGCGAUUCUCGUGGAAAGCUCAACAAUGCAUCUGUAUUUUUGGAGAACUGUUCGUCGGAUGCCGUUGGAAGCAUCGCGACUCUGGACCUAAGUCACCUUGCGGACAAACAAUACUCGUUUUUCCCCGGGCAAAUCGUCGUCGUCAAAGGAAGCAAUCCCACGGGGAAGAAGAUUAUCGUGUCUGAGUUGCACACUGGGUCAGUACCUGAGGCCUGCGACUUGAAUCUUGAUUUCCGAGGAACUCUGCGGGUUGCAGUUUGUUCAGGACCGUAUUCCGCAGCUUCCAACAUGCUUUACGAGCCGUUCAAGGACUUGAUUGAGGAGUUGAAGCAGUUGAAACCCCAUGUUGUGAUUCUAUGUGGGCCUUUUGUGGACGCGAAUAACGUGUGUGUGUCAGAAGAUGGCUUAUCUGUAGAAUAUUCCACGAUUUUUAAUGAAACUGUUGCGGAACUGUGUGAACUGGGGUGUCAAGUUGCUGUGAUUGCUUCGGCCAACGACGUUCAUCACGAUGCUGUUUAUCCCACUCCUCCUUACACGACUAGUUUGAAAGUGCCAGAGAAUGUCAAAUUUUUCAGCGAUCCGUGUUUGUUGCGGAUUAACGGAUUAGUGGUUGGUUGUACUGCCACUGAUAUUCUAUUCCAUCUCGGGAAGGAAGAAUUGAACGUAGGAGGAGGUGAUCGGUUCCAUAGACUCGGCGAAUAUAUUUUGAAGCAA